AUGGAGAGUCUCUCAUCCCUCCAGUUGUUUGGGAAAUUACUAGAUAAACUACAAAUGAACCGCCUUCACCAAAAUCUUACUGAUCUCACCUUGGAGAAGCUGGUUUGUGCCACAGGCAGUUUUCCACAACUUCAAGUGCUAAGAUUCUGGAAUUUAAGGGAACUUCAAGAAUGGGAUGUGAAGGAAGGAAUGAAGUCCGGUCCUGUGGAAAUCCGGCAUGUCCAGUGGAAGCAUUUGAAGACUCUUCGCUUGAUUAAGUUACAUAAAAUGUCAAAGCCAUUCAUGAAAGACAUCUUAAAUUGUAAGAAGGCAUUGUUGGAUGAUGUUGAGAUCGAUUACAAUUGA